AUGGUGGCCCCGGUCGACGGUACAGCCGACGUUCUGCAAUACAUAAAUCCCUUGAUAGGCAGCACAAAUGGCGGCAAUGUCUUCGCAGGUGCAACGCGACCUUAUGGCCUUGCAAAGCCCGUGGCUAACGUAGAUGGCGCCAACACGGGCGGCUUCGCAACAGAUGGAUCAAACAUUACCGGCUUUAGUUCAGUGCACGACUCUGGCACGGGCGGUAAUCCCAGCCUGGGAAACUUCCCCUUAUUUCCGCAAAUCUGCCCGAGCGACGAGGUCGACAGCUGUCAGUUCAGGAUUGGAGACCGAGCCACACCUUAUGCGGCCGACAGCAUUAUUGCGAGACCUGGAUACUUCGCAAUUGAGCUUGGAAAUGGCAUCAAGACGGAGAUGACCUCGAGUAACCAUGCCGCCUUGUAUCGGUUCCAGUUUCCAAGCGGCCAUGAUGCGGAUCACCCUUUAGUGCUACUCGAUCUGACAGAUCUGUGGCAGAGUCGGCAGAAUGCAUCGGUCAGUGUCGAUGCCAUUAGUGGAAGAAUGAUGGGCAAUGGAACGUUUCUGCCAAGCUUCGGUGCAGGUUCUUAUAUGAUGCACUUCUGCGUGGACUUCUUUGGCGGGGAGAUCCACGAUAACGGAGUAUGGGUAAACAAUCGAGCAGGGUCCGAUCCAAAACAGCUAUACGUGACUCGAGGCUUCAACUUGUUCUAUGCAGAGGCUGGAGCAUGGGUGCGGUUUGAGGACCUUAGCAACGACACAAUUUUGGCGAGGAUGGGUACCAGCUUCGUCAGUGCGGAGCAAGCAUGCUCACGUGCUGAGACCGAGGCCCUUGAUCCCGUCAACGACUUUGACAGCUUAGUGACGGAGACGGAAGAGGUAUGGAUUGAACAGUUGAGCCCGAUCACUAUCAACUCGGGUGGUGCUAGUGAUGAUUUGCAGACGAGCUUCUGGAGUGGCAUUUAUCGGUCCAUGAUUAAUCCCCAAAACUACACGGGCGAAAAUCCGAAAUGGGACAGUGGGAUUCCGUAUUUCGACUCCUAUUACUGUCUAUGGGAUGCUUUCCGAGUACAGCAUCCGUUACUCACGAUCAUCGAUCCGGUAGCACAGGCCCAGAUGGUGAACAGCUUACUUGAUAUCUACCAACAUGAGGGCUGGCUUCCUGAUUGCCACAUGUCUCUUUGCAAUGGCUGGACGCAAGGCGGAUCUAAUGCCGACAUCGUUCUGGUAGAUGCUUACGUCAAGAAUUUAACGGGCAUUGACUGGAACUUGGCUUUGAAUGCAAUUGUACAGGAUGCUGAGGUUGAGCCAUUAGAAUGGUCGUACCAUGGACGUGGAGGGCUGCAGAGCUGGAAAGGCCUAGGUUAUAUUCCAUACCUCGACUACGAUCCUAUUGGCUUCGGCACAAACUCAAGGAGUAUCUCAAGAACGUUGGAGUACUCGUACAACGACUACUGCCUGGCUAUCCUCGCCGAGGGCCUCGGGAGAGCAGACUUAUAUGAAAAGUAUAUCCAGCGGAGUACAAAUUGGCGAAACCUAUGGAAAGAAGACCAGACGUCCGUGGUUAAAGGCAAUGAUUCUGGCUUCACAGGAUUCUUCCAACCCAAAUAUCUGAAUGGAACUUGGGGAUACCAAGAUCCAAUCGCGUGUUCCGCCCUUGCAGACUUUUGCUCAUUAACUACGAAUCCUUCGGAAACCUUCGAGGCAAGUGUUUGGCAAUAUCAGUUCAUCGUACCUCAACAAAUAUCUUCGCUCAUCAGCCUUAUGGGUGGCGACGAGGCUUUCAUCUCCCGUCUUGACUUUUUUCAUACCUCUGGCCUCGCCGAUAUCUCUAAUGAGCCUGUAUUCAGCACCGUAUAUCUUUACCACUACGCUGGCCGUCCCGCCUUAUCUACAAAACGUUUGCAUACCUAUAUCCCCUCUUAUUUCAACAACACAAAUGGAGGACUGCCUGGCAACGACGACAGUGGCUCGAUGGGAGCUUUCGUGGUCUUCGGCAUGUUAGGCCUUUUCCCUAUUGCUGGACAAAAUGUAUACCUGAUAUCGGCACCAUUUUUUCAGGAGGUCAAUAUAAAGAACGGCGUUACGGGGAACACCACAACGAUCAGGACGGCCGGGUUUGAUCCAAGCUAUGUGAACAUUUAUAUCCAGAAUGUGACAGUAAAUGGGGAGCCAUGGUCGAAGAAUUGGAUCGGGCAUGAAUUGUUCUCACGAGGGUGGACGUUGGAAAUCACGCUCGGCAGCGAAGAGUCAAAUUGGGGCACCAAGCUCGAAGACCGGCCACCUAGUCUAAGCGACAGUAAAAUUAGACUGUGA